AAAACUUAACCUCUAAAAUAUAUUGUCAACAUGAAUGGUAUCAGAAAGUGGGCAUCAUACAUUUUUUUUAUUUAACGAUUGACUGCCAAGAAUCGUCAAUCAACUUUAUUAAAUAUGGAUCCCCGGAUUCACCGUCGAGUAGAGCCACAAAAGAGUACCGGAGAUACAGUUGUAGAAUGGCUUAACGAAGCCGCUACUACGAAUGAUGAUAAUUUAAAGGUACAAAACUUGUACAAAGUGCAGGAAAUUAUAUUAAACAAGGAGCCACUUUUGUUGGAUAAUUGUUUAGAUGAGAUUUUGCAAUUCGCGGUUGACAGAAAUUCAGAUGUUAGAAAAGCUAUUGCUGGCUUUAUUGAGGAUGCUGGAGAGAAAGCACCAGAAACAAUCCCAAGGCUCAUUUUAGUUUUGAUCAGACUAGUAACGGAUACCGCUGCAGUUGUAGCCAAACGUGCUUUGCGAGCAAGUGGAAGAAUAUUUAAAGCCACUCUGAAAUGGGUAUCGUUUGCCCCAGUUUUUACACCAGAUAUGGAGAAUGCAUGGGGACAAAUAAGUAAUUUGAAGAUACAAAUAAUUAACAUGAUUGACAGUGUAAAUGAUGGUAUAAGGACUCAAGCGAUCAAAUUUCUCGAAGGAGUGAUUUUGAUCCAAAGUUACCCUCAAGAAAAUUCUCUCAAAAAGGAUGAUGACUUUUCUUUGGAAGAUGUACCUUUGACUUUGACAACAAUUCGUAGAAGAAAUUUGGAAGCUGAGGCAAAACAUGUAAUAGCUCUCUUAAUAAAUUUCUUCCACUCGGUUCAUGUCAGCAGUGUUAAUCUUAUAACAUGCAUGGGAUCUUUGUCGCUCAUUGCAAAGAUGAGACCUCAAUUCAUGUCAGAGAUCAUCCAAGCAAUGCAAAAGUUGUUAAGUAAUCUACCCCCCACUUUAACAGACUCUCAAGUGACAAGUGUACAAAAGCAAAUGAAACUGACUCUGCUUGGUUUUCUAAAACAUCCAGCUUGUUCAGAUUAUCAAAAUGUUGGUAAACUUUUACUGCAGCUAGGUUGUAAAGAAAAUGAAAUUGCUAAGUUCAUGCCAAAGCCUGAAGAGUUGAGAAAAAUUAAGAAGAGACAACAAGAAAGCAUUGCUGCUCAAACUAUUAAAAAAGCUAGGAUUGAAAUACCUGUUAUUGAAGAGCCCGAAAUAGUACCAUUACCUGUUCCUGCACCACAAUUACCGGAGUUAAUUGAACUGUCAGAAGGAUACAUAGCUGAUAGACUGAGCGUUGAGAUUGCUACAGAAUUGGUGAUGAGCAGUAUGCCAUGGGUACCUGAUUCAGUUACUGUACCACCUACCUUCAUGAGGGAGUACCAACCAACAUCCACAACUGAUAUUACAGUACAGCGACGAGUAGUGGCUAAGCUUUUAGCUAAUCAAAUUAAGCUCACAAAAGCAAAGAAGUCUAAGCCAGAUACAAAAGAUGAAAGACUAGAAACUGUGAUGGAAGAUUUAAUUAAAAAUCCAUCAAUCAGUGUUGCAGAAGUUAGAAAAGAGAGAAAACGUGAGAAAGAUAGAGAAAAGGAAUUACAAGCUAAGGCUGCACUGGAAGCUCAUGAAAAAUCUCUGGCUAAAGCGAGAAGUAGAGUUAAGGCACUUAAACUUUCAGAAGUAACAAAGCCCCUUACUAAUAAUAUCAGAGAUAAAAUGCUGCUGAUGGCUGUAGACAGGAUUCUUGGCACAGAGAAGAGUGUCAUUAUAGGAGGUGUUUCAAAUAUCAGAUUGAAAAUUUUGACGACUCUCGCAGCGACUUUCAAUCCUUACGUAAAGGAGUUAAUUCUACGACACAUAACCGAGGAUAUGCGGACGCGUCUUGAAUUAGCCAUGUGUUGGUUAUACGAAGAAUACGCUUUGCUACAAGGUUUUCAACGCCGAACAAUUUUACAUCAAAAGCCAUUGGAGGGACCACACCAAGCGUACAACAGUUUAUUUUGCACUCUCGUCACAGCAAUCGACAAUAUCACUGGCAAAGAUCGUGAUAUUUUACUUGCCAGACUAUACUUAGAGGCACCACUUAUCACCGAAGAUGCUGUGGAAUCAUUGAAGAUGAUCUCGUGCGAUGAAUCCAGAGGACUCGGACCACUACACCUUCUGAAAGAUUUAGUAAUUAGGAGGCCAAUCAAGCAACUGAUUUUCUUGAAUGUAAUAGAGUGUCAUACAGGACACGAGAGUAGUAUGAUUCGUGAUUGCGCCAUUCAACUAGUAGUCCAACUCUACGCACGUCCUGAACUCAGCAAGCUUAUUGAAGAAUACGCUGUCCUCUAUCUUGGUUUCCUACGAGUACCCAAUCCACCGGAAAUAGUAUUCGGCUCGGAUCGUGGUAGGCCAAACAUCGAGGAGCAUUGGACUGAGUCUACGACGCGUGCCUGCCUUGGACUUUAUUUGGCAUUGCUUACCGAGAAUCAUAAACUUAUCCACGAGCUUGCACGAGUCUACACUUCUAUGAGCGCUGAGGUCAAGAGAAUUGUACUGAGGCUUGUUGAAGGUCCCGUGCGUGCUAUUGGAAUGGCUAGUGUCGAAUUACUCGAACUCGUUGAGAACUGUCCAAAGGGUGCAGAGACGCUCAUUACCAGGAUUAUUCACAUUUUGACAGAUAAAGCUCCUCCUAGUCCAGAGCUUGUAGCCAAAGUCAGAGAACUGUAUCAAACUAGAGUUUCGGAUGUUCGGUUUUUGAUACCCGUACUCAAUGGUUUGACCAAAAAAGAGGUCAUAGCUGCACUACCCAAAUUAAUCAAAUUAAAUCCGAUUGUUGUGAAAGAGGUUUUCAACAAACUUCUAGGAACUCACAACAUUGAAGGCGGAGCAACUCAUACUUCACCCAUCACACCUGCCGAGCUUAUGAUCGCUUUACAUACUAUUGAGCCGAAUAAAGCUGAAUUGAAAACGGUUAUUAAAGCAACGUCACUGUGUUUUGCUGAGAAACAAAUAUUCACACAAGAUAUAGUAGCAGUAGUAAUGCAGCAACUUAUGGAUAUGACUCCACUACCAACGCUUCUAAUGCGUACAGUAAUUCAGAGCUUAUCGCUAUAUCCACGAUUAAGCGGUUUCGUGAUGAAUAUUUUACAACGUUUGAUAUUGAAGCAAGUAUGGAAACAACCGAAAGUUUGGGAAGGUUUUGUUAAGUGCUGCGAAAGAACUGAGCCUCAAAGUUUUUCUGUAAUACUGCAAUUGCCACCGGCGCAGCUAGUCGAAGCUUUGAAAAUGGCUCCUAACUUACGUCAACCUUUGAUCGAUCAUGUUGAAGCUUUUGCGGAUAAUCAGAAAGCUCAUAUACCACAAUCUAUCAUGGAUGUGAUCAAAGGGAAACCACCCAUACUUAUGCACGACGAAUUUGACAUCGCUCCUCCUGGAGAUUUUCACGAGCGUCAAGAUACUAAUGAUCUCGACAAUCUCGAGCCUGCACCUCCUGGAUUAGACUAAUAAAUAAUUGGUAUAAAUGUAUAUAAUAUAAUUAAAAUAGACGCCCAAGCGUAGAUCUUCGUUGACGUAAUUAAAUGUUUUUUUCUGCUUUAAAUCUUAGUUGUGAAAUAUAAAAUUUUAUGAAUUGUCAAAUGAUUGUAAAAUAGUUUUACUAUUUUCUAAACUUCUUUCAAUAGAUCAUAAAUUUUACAGAAAAAAAUAUGUAUGUGCAUACAAGUGUAUGUUUUAGUUAUAAAUGAAAUAUUAAAAAACUCAUUCUUUCUAAUAAAAGUAUCAUGAAGCAAUCAUGAA